CAUGGACGCUGUUUCAACAAAAAUAAACCUAGUGCACUCAUGUUGAUUUUGUUUAUCUGUCACGCUAAUAUUUCCCAAUGGAACAUCCUGCAAUAAUGGAAAUGACAGCGGCACGGCGCUCGAACUUUGGAGAUAUUGGGUUUUGGGCAGACCGAACCGCGUUGCAUGAGGCGGCGUCCUUAGGCAGGGCCCUUCAAGUGAAACAGCUGAUUGAGGGUGGAGCAUCUGUAAACAUGGUGACAGUAGACAAUAUCACCCCGCUCCAUGAUGCCUGCAUCCAGGGACAUCCAAACUGUGUUCGACUGCUACUAGAUGCAGGGGCUCAGGUGGAUGUGAGGACCAUCCAUGGCAGCACUCCUCUCUGUAACGCCUGUGCUGCGGGGAGCCUGGAGUGUGCAAAGAUGCUGCUGGAACAUGGAGCCAAAGUCAACCCCUCCCUCACAGCACUCACUGCCUCUCCUCUGCAUGAGGCCUGCAUAAAGGGUAAUGCAGAUAUAGCGAGGCUAGUGAUAGCGCAUGGAGCCUUGCUAGAGGCCUUUGAUCUCCAGUUCGGUACCCCGCUACAUGCUGCCUGUGCCAAGGAACAUGUGGACUGUGCCAGGGUGCUGCUCAAAGCAGGUGCCAAGGUGAAUGCAGCUAAGUUCCAUGAGACGGCUCUCCACCAUGCUGCCAGAGUAGAGAUGGUGGACAUGAUUGACUUACUGGUGGACUUUGGAGGCAACGUAUAUGUCACAGACAACGACAACAAAAAGCCCAUAGACUACACCAAGCCUGGCUCUCCCACUGAACAAUGCUUACAGUAUUAUGAAAGUACACCUCUGAGUCUGCAGCAACUUAGCAGAGUGACUCUGAGGACGUUGCUGGGUACCAGAGCUCUGGAGGUCGUAGGUCAACUGGACAUAUCUCAACGUACCAUCAGCUACAUUCUCUGUGAGGGGUGUUGAUGCUGCCUUAUGAACUGACUCGUGGAUGGAUUCCCAAAGGAAUAUCAGAAAAAGGAGAAAGCUUGAAUACUAAGCUGGGACACAUCUCAUCAUCUUCAUAUGUUUUGUUUACUGUGGAACACACAUACAAAUUGUGGGACACACACACAAAUACAAAUUGUGGGACACACACACAAAUACAAAUUGUGGGACACACACACAAAUACAAAUUGUGGGACACAAACACACAAAUACAAAUUGUGGGACACACACACAAAUUGAUGUGUUAUAAGGAGUAACACAUUGUAAAAUACAUUUCAAGAAGGCCUGCUGCAAUUGUUCUAAUAUUCUAUAGAGAUGAAAGCUUGUUUUAGCAUGGUUAGGGAAAAUAAAGCCAAACAAUGUCAGUCCUCUA